AUGGUUAAGCCAUUGUCCUUCAAAGGCGACAAGAAAGUCAAGAAGCGCAAGCGAACAGACGCCGAGAAAUCAACACGCGACGCUGGAGACGAAGAGACGGGCCAGCUGCAGAAGACGGGCGAAGAGGCUGAAGAUGACGACUCUUGGGUUUCUGCUGAGGCGGCGACUGACGUUGUUGGGCCUAUCAUGAUUGUUCUACCGACGGAUACGCCAUCGGCUCUGGCUUGCGAUACUACAGGGAAGGUGUUUGUGAUACCGAUUGAGAACAUCGUCGAUGGGAAUCCAGCUACGGCAGAACCGCAUGAUGUGCGCCAGGUCUGGAUCGCGAAUCGCGUUUCUGGAACUGAGAGCUUUCGCUUCAAGGGACAUCACGGAAGAUAUCUCUCUUGCGACAAGAUCGGAAUGCUUUCAGCGACCUCAGAAGCCGUAUCGCCUCUCGAAUCCUUCAACGUCAUCCCCACAUCCGACACACCAGGAACAUUCCAACUGCAGACCCUACGCGACACGUUCCUCACGAUAAAAGCGCCCGGAAAGUCUACCUCCAAAACCUCCGACGUCCGAGGCGACGCCGACACCAUCUCCUUCGACACGACGUUCCGCAUCAGGAUGCAGGCGCGUUACAAGCCCAAGCUGCGCGCGUCCAAGGAGGAGAGAGCUUUGGCGAAGAUCAGCCGACGCGAGCUGGAGGAGGCAGCUGGGAGGAGGUUGGACGAGGAUGAGGUGAGGAAGCUGAAGAGGGCGCGGAGAGAGGGAGAUUACCAUGAGCGGUUGUUGGAGCUUAAGGUGAAGAGUAAGCAUGAUAAGUUUGGUUGA